CCCCAGCGGUCGACUGCCACAUACACCACACGCAACGCACCGACAGGACCGCGACGGCGACGGCGGCGGCGAGGAUGACGGCCGGCAACCCCCUCCGCGAUGGACCCCAGCCGCGGCAGCGCAGCCCGCCGGCGCUCCACCCGGCCGUCGUGCCGGCGUACCCUCCGCCCGAGUCGGACGCCGACGAGUCGUGGGUCUGGUCCCAGAUCAAGGCCGAGGCGCGCCGCGACGCGGACGCCGAGCCGGCGCUCGCGUCGUUCCUCUACGCCACCGUGCUCUCCCACUCCUCCCUCGACCGCUCGCUCGCGUUCCACCUCGCCAACAAGCUCUGCUCCUCCACGCUGCUCUCCACGCUCCUCUACGACCUCUUCGUCGCCUCCCUCGCCGCGCACCCCACCCUCCGCGCCGCCGUCGUCGCCGACCUGCUCGCCGCCCGCUCCCGGGACCCCGCCUGCGUCGGGUUUUCCCACUGCCUCCUCAACUACAAGGGCUUCCUCGCCAUCCAGGCCCAGCGCGUCGCGCACGUGCUCUGGGCGCAGGACCGCCGCGCCCUCGCGCUCGCGCUCCAGUCCCGCGUCGCCGAGGUGUUCGCCGUCGACAUCCACCCCGCCGCCGCGAUCGGCAAGGGCCUCCUCCUCGACCACGCCACCGGCGUCGUCAUAGGGGAGACCGCCGUCAUCGGCGACAACGUCUCCAUCCUCCACCACGUCACGCUGGGCGGGACCGGCAAGGCCGUGGGCGACCGACACCCCAAGAUCGGCGACGGUGUUCUCAUUGGCGCCGGCGCGACGAUCCUAGGAAAUGUCAGGAUUGGCGCCGGGGCCAAGAUCGGGGCCGGGUCGCUGGUGCUCAUUGACGUGCCGCCGAGGACCACGGCGGUGGGGAAUCCCGCGAGGCUGCUCGGCGGGAAGAAGGGCGAUGACAUGCCGGGUGAAUCCAUGGACCACACCUCCUUCAUCCAGCAAUGGUCGGACUACAGCAUUUGAGCUGGGCAUGCCGUAUGCACUACUAAAUUUUCUCCUUUUUCGAGCUUCGUUUGAACUGGUUCUAGUGGUGUUACUACUAACACCACAAGUGUCAACUGGUAGCCAUUUAUUUCUUUUUGCUUGUAAUGGCUGUAAGCUUUGCUCCGGCGAGCUGAAGGUGAACCGUACUGCACACUGUCGUGCUCGUCUCCGGACGCAUGUACUUGAAGUUCACUUUGUAAUUUUGCGAAGGUCUUGUGGAAUGUAGUACUAUCCACUACCCAAAUCAGCC